AUGGGCUCAGAGACGUGGAUUUUUGCGCUAGUAGCAGAAAGGGCAAAUCCAGAUUUUGGCAGUGAAGCGGAUCGGGAAGAUGCACCUGCAUCCUUUUAUCCCAGUGGCAUGAGAUACAAUACCAGUGUGCCAAAUGAGCCCGACACGCAUGAUGAUUUUAAACCAACUAAUAAACUUGAGAGUUUUGACCUUAGUUUGAAGGCCUUGUUGAACAGUUCAAGUUUGACCCGUGCCUUUCGAGCCAAUUUCUGGCCAAACCACGACAAUUUGGCCAGCGUGCAAGUUUUUUUGCGACCUCCACGCUUUCGAGGUGAUUUCCGGCCAAACCACGACGAGUUAGAUGUCAUGCAAGGGGCAAUUAUUAGUGGUGUUUGCAUCUUCGCUAGGUUGCGUGGCUCGUCAGCGGCGAAGUCUCUGUUUAGUAGCUGUGUUUACGCGUAUACGAGGAUUCUAGCAAAUCUCAGGAGAAGGUUACCUUCAGUGGACGUCAAGGACAACCCUGUAAUGCUUUAUAUGAAAGGAGUGCCUGAACUUCCUCAAUGUGGAUUCAGCUCACUUGCCGUUAGAGUAUUAAAACUAUAUCAAGUUCCCUUGGCCUGUAGAAAGAUAGAAUGACACAUU